AUGGGAAUGCCAUCAGCGCCGGCGUCCAACGCCAUCAUAUACACCACAUAUGCACUUUUUCUGUGCUUUGGCCUAGCUGUCGCGUGGAAGCUUCGCAAACAGUCCAAGGGUGAAUGGCUGAGUGCCAAUGGGACGCAGAAGGGAAUACCACUUGCCCUCAACUUUAUUGCGUCGGCUCUCGGCUCAGGUAUCCUCUUUACAUAUCCGCAAAUUGCGACCAUUGCAGGCGUGCAAGGCGUCGUCGUCUACGCUCUUGCCUCAGCGCUGCCGUUGCUCAUCUUUGCUUAUCUUGGACCUAUCAUUCGCCGCAAGUGUCCCGAAGGCUUCGUCCUAACCGAAUGGACCCGCCAGCGCUACGGCACACUGACAGCCCUCUACCUCUCCUUCCUCACCCUCGUCACCAUCUUCCUCUACAUGGUCGCCGAGCUCUCCGCCCUGCAACAAGUCGUCAACGCCCUCACAGGCCUCAAUGGCCUCCCCGCCGUGAUCGUCGAGUGCUUCGUCACGACCGUUUAUACCUCCCUCGGCGGCUUUAAAGUCUCCUUCAUCACCGACAACAUCCAGGGCGCCAUGGUCCUCGGUCUAAUCAUCAUUGGCGUCAUCACCGUGGGCACACAAGUCCACAUCGAGCACGACCUUGUUGAGCAGUCAGGCUACCUCGACGCCAGCUUGCUUGGAUGGCAGCUGAUCUACAUCCUCCCCGUCGCCAUUCUCACAAACGACUUCUUCAUCAGCGGCUUCUGGAUGCGCACCUUCGCCGCGCGCACUGACAAAGACCUGUGGAUCGGCGUGGGUAUCGCCACCAUUGCAGUAGCCAUCAUCCUCACUCUCCUCGGUGUCGCGGGCCUCCUGGCGGGCUGGUCCGGCUCGCUCGGUAACCCCAUAGAUGAAGAGAACGGGGCAAUUGCCCUCUUCCUCCUUCUAGCGAGAUGCCUGCUUGGGUGGUGGGGAUCAUUCUCGUCAUGA